AUGACUCCAUCUCCAUCAGACAAAGACGACGAUGAUCAGGAAAAGGAAGAAGACGAUGAGGAAGACGAGUUCUUACCGGAGCACACGAUUGCCAUGCGCAAAGCGCUUCAGUUUUGCAAGGAUCGAUUCUCUCUGUUGCACGACCACAAGAACAAUAAGAACGGUGUCGCUGUUGGUUCAGCAAAAGACAAAGACGAAGCAGAGGAUUCACCGCUGGCAGUAAUAGACAUCAAGGACAAGGCCCUGAUUCAGUCAGCCAUGACGAUUCCUCAACAACGUCAAGAAGCACUCAACAAUUUCUGGAAGCAACAGAUACAUGUACCUGCUGAAGAAAAUGCUACCGCAACUUCAACAAUGGUAUUGGACACGGUUCAUCAUGGAGUCUCGACGACGAGUGACUGUCCUCUUACCCCUCUGGAGUUUCGUCAACGCUAUCAACAUGCCAAUCUACCCUGUCUCAUCAAGAACCUAGAAGUUGAGUACUUCCCCUAUGUUUGUUCCCACUGGCGUCAACCACUUCAAUCCGACAACCAAUCCAGUCAGGGAGAACGUCUCGAGCCAAAAUUUAGCAUUGAUCAAACCUGGUUCCAACGAACUCUGGGAGAAACCACCAUGGUACCUGUGCGAUAUCAACCAGCGUUGUCUUCCUCGACUAUUAAUAAUCGUACCUCCACGUCUUUACAAAUGCUGGAUGAAGAGGGGAGAGCUCAAGAAUGCCAAACCAAAGAAAUGAUACUUCAGGAUUGGAUUCAGAAGCUUGCUCAAGUCAAGGAUUGCCAAGAUACAAAGAAUCCCAACACGCACGAACAACAAAAACACUCUACUAGUGAAUACUAUCUCAAGGACUGGCAUCUGCAAGCUUGGAUCUGUGAUAAAAACCACCAACAUACUACUACUACUUGCAUACCACAACAGUUGUAUCAUGUACCACCCUACUUUGAGUUUGAUUUGCUCAAUGCCUUUCUCACAAAGUUUACAGAAAAGGGAGACUACAUGUUCACCUAUUGGGGACCCACAGGCUCGCAAACGGCGUUGCAUUCCGACGUCAUGAAUUCCUUCUCGUGGUCCUUUAAUGUCGCUGGAACCAAACUAUGGACCUUUUACCCACCAGCACAGGAACCAACCAACAACUCGAGCUGUGGAAAUAAAAAUCAUAAUCCAUCUCCGCUCACGAUUCUACAACAGACUGGAGAUUGUCUCUUUGUUCCCAGUGGAUGGAAUCACCAGGUUGUCAAUCUAGAGGAAACCAUUUCCAUCAAUCACAACUGGAUCACGACGGCAAACAUUGAUCGAGUUUGGGAUUGCUUGUGCCAGGAAAUGAAAGCCAUUGAAAUCGAGUUGGACGCGUGGAAUUUAUUGGCAGCAGACGAUGCCAGGGAAUCCAUGCUGCUGGGAUGCGUCGGUCUUGAUGUGACGGCCUUUUUCUUUCUCAUUUUAACCCGGCUAUUGGAACUGCACGACAAUCAUCUACAGAAGAGAACACCAUUAAGCGAGGGAACUUGCGGGGAUUCCAAAGAUGAGGACGAGCUCUGGCAGCAGCACUUUGACUUGAUUCGACUCAACUUUGCGUUGCUCAAGCUCAUGCCUUCCUCGUCGUCAUCAACUGGGGAGGGAAAUGAUGCACUUGGUCUACAAGGGAGAUUGGCAGCCGUUUUGGGUUCCGUCGAAUCGGCAAUCGAAGCGCUGGAAAUUGCGGAAUGCGUUGCUCGUGCAACCAGAUACAACAUGGAAGGCGCAACAACGAAGGACUCAACAUGA